UGUACUGCUUCAGAGGUUAUUGACAAAUUUUUAAAGAGCGUUUGGAUCUGCACAGCGUUAGGGACCUCUCAGUUACUUGUGGGGCAUUGUUUAUAACAAGCACUGGUGUUUGGAGUACAAAACCGUGAACCUGUGGAGAUAACGAAGUAGCCAACUAAAAGCAAAGGACUGAGCAGCUGGCCAAACAAAAGCCGAGUGUUUUUGGACGUGGCGUGGAAAUACGGGCAUUGGGAGCACGCACCUAGGGAUCCUGAGUCGCCUCGAAGCUGGGCUGCUGGAGUAACGAGAAUUUUUGGUGAAGCUUGAUCACGCACGCAGGUGGAAAAAUCACUUGUGAGGAUUGAACACCCUACAGACAAGGGAAAUGGGCACUGCCUGUUUGCUGCUGAUGUUGGCAGUCCUUAGUGGAAUCUUCAGUGAAACAUCGUUGUGUCUGAACUGGGAUCCAGUUCCCCGCAAAACCAUCCUAUUCAACAAUCUCAAAGAUAUCAAGAGUUUUUCAAAGGUUGGUGUCUUCAACUAUACAACACUAACACUGGAUGAGGGAAACAAGAAGCUGUAUGUUGGUGCACGAGAAGCCAUCUUUUCCCUCAACAUGACAGAUGUGUCUCAGAACAGCAAAUUGAUUGUAUGGGAGGCACCACCGGAAAAGAAAGCUGAGUGUAUCCAGAAAGGAAAGAACAACCAAUCUGAAUGCUUCAACUACAUUCGGUUUCUCCAACGGUACAAUGAAACACAUAUGUACACAUGUGGAACCUAUGCCUUUCAGCCAAAGUGCUCAUAUAUUAGUCUAGAAAACUUCACUCUUGAAGAUUUGGUUCUGGAAGAUGGCAAAGGCAAGUGCCCUUAUGACCCUGCCAAAGGGCACACAGGACUUAUUGUUGAUAAGGAGCUUUAUUCUGCUACCUUCAACAACUUCUUGGGCACAGAGCCAGUGAUUCUAAGAAACUUGGGCCAGCAUCGUGUGAUGAAGACUGAAUAUUUACCAUCCUGGCUUAACGAACCUGAUUUUGUUGCAUCUACAUUUGUGGAGGGAAACUGGGGAGAUGAUAAGAUUUACUUCUUCUUCAGUGAACGAGCAGUUGAGCUUGACUGUGACAAUGAACAGGUUGUGGCUCGUGUGGCUCAAGUGUGCAAGGGUGAUGUGGGAGGGGCUCGUACCCUUCAAAAGAAGUGGACUUCCUUCCUGAAAGCCCGUCUACUCUGCUCCAUUCCACAUCAGCAUGUCCACUUUAAUAAAGUCCAGGCUGUCUUCGCUCUUGGGAAUGGGCAGGAAACCAUUUUUUUUGGCAUUUUUCAGGCACGCUGGGGUGACGUAGAUGUGUCCGCUGUAUGCCGCUAUAAUUUAGCCGACAUUACAAAGGUGUUCAAUGGGCCUUUUAAGGAAUUUCGUGAAUCAGCACAGAAAUGGGGUCGCUAUACCGGUCAGAUCCCAACACCCCGGCCAGGAUCAUGCAUCACCAAAUGGCACCAAGAAAAUGGCUUCAACAGCUCUCUCCAGCUUCCUGACAUUACACUAAACUUCGCCAAGAAGCAUCCUCUAAUGGAUGACCAGGUGAGCGAGCAACCCUUGCUGGUGAAGAAGAAUGUCAACUUCACACAGAUUGCAGUCGACAGAGUGGACACUGUUUCCCAGGGAUCAUAUGAGGUGCUCUUUAUUGGCACAGCGGAAGGUUGGCUGUACAAAGCUGUAAUUGUGAAAUCGGAAGUGCACAUCAUAGAGGAAUUGCAACUUUUUGAAACAAUCCAGCCUGUAGAGAGCCUGAAGAUCUCCCACACUGAGAAAGUUCUGUAUAUAGGCUCCCGUUCAGGUGUGAUCCAGCUGCUUCUGGCUGACUGCAGUAAAUACAGCUCUUUCCAAGACUGCACACUGGCUCGGGACCCCUACUGUGCCUGGGAUCGUGAAGGCAGAAUGUGUGUGCAGGUUGAUCGACACUUCAGUACACUUUCACUUGAGCAGGAUAUUUUACAGAAUCCACGAAGGGUGGGAGAAAAGUUCCAUCAGAGUCUUGUUCCAAGUUCAGACAAGCUGAAGCCCAAGAAUGUCACAGUUGUAGCUGGAUCAAGUCUGGUGCUGCCAUGCCAGAUAGUCUCCAAUUUGGCACAGACCCAAUGGCUUUUCAAUGACCAUAGUUUGCAGUUGAAAAACGGCUUGCACUUUGAUCGACAGCUAUGUUCCCUUGUAAUUGAGGAUGUUGGACCUAGCGAAGCGGGUCAUUAUUCCUGCUUCUCUGAGGAGGCAGGGGUGAAGUUUAUGGCAGAACGUUACCAAGUCUCAGUAGUGGCCAGCGUACCAGUCUUCAUGGAAGCCCGGACUCAAGAACUUAAUCUGGGUUUGGUCUGGGUGCUGGUGAUCACCUUGGGAGCUGUCUGCCUUCUGCUGCUUGGGGCAGUCUUGUAUCUUCGACGCAGAUUGAAGGAGCAGUUAGGCAAAGGGGCAGAAAUGAAGCCACUGGAAAGUACUUUGGUCUACCCCAUCAGCCUCCCCAAAGAGCCUCGCAAUUUUGUGCCAAGCAAGAUGGCCGACCCUGAAGACAAGUUCUGGGAUCCUGUGAACUAUUAUUAUUCAGAUGGCUCCCUAAAGAUUGUGCCAGGGCAUGCCCUCUGUCCUAAUGGUUCAGCUGCCUCUCCAACCAGCAAUGGCAUUCCUGGGCAGCCUCUGCCCACAGGAGCCCUCCAUUCACCCAGCAGACUUAGCAUUGGCAACAUCCGGGGUUCUGGAAGUAAUGGCUACAUCCGUCUGAAUUUGGGCACAGAGGAGCGAGGUGAAUUUAAUGAAGAACUUAGAAAGUCAAUUAAGCAGAGAAAUGUGUUGCCCGAUGCCAAUCCAGAAGAGUCAUCUGUUUAGGCUACCUUCUGCUUGCAUUUUUGAUACUACCUCAUUUUCAAACGGUUUUAAGGAAAAUCCGAUGUUUUGGACUGUUUCAGUUUGCUUCUCUCCUGACAUUUUCUGUAAGAGACCUUUUGCUACUGAAGAAGUCGAAUGAGGGAUUCAUUUGUAUUUAAAAAAAAAAAAAAGUGCGUAUUGGUUGGAAAGUAUAUAAAAAGAAUGAGCGCUCCAGUGAUUUCUUUUUAAGAUCACUCUUUUCCAAGCUGCGUGCUUAUUUUGUAUAGUUUUGAAAUGACUGCAGUCCUUGCCCCAUUGUGUCUGUUUGUUUCUGUUUUUCUUUCUGUGUUCAAAGACCACUCCUUUCUACUUUGGGAUGUUGAUUCACUCCAGCCCUCCAGAAUUCAUGCGCACAGCUGGUUUCCUGUGAACAUGAGCAGCAGUGUAUAUAAAUACACACAAAGUAAUGGAGAUUUGGAGACGCCCUUCCCAGCAGAAAUGCUGCUUACAAACUGCCCAAUUGAAAGGCCACCGUCCAGAUAACUGAAUCUCUUUGUGCCAUAAUAUCUUCUCACUGGGACCAUGAUGCUGGCUACAGUAUCUGAAACAUUCGACCAAGGAGGCCCCUCAGCUGUGGCAUCCAAGUUUGUCAAAUUAAGUGUGUCUGCAUCUGUCGGAGAGAAAGCCCAGUGACGGAGUUCCUGUACAGAGUCGGGUCAAGGGCCAGUCCUUUCAUCCUGUUCUGCCAGAGCAUCUGUAAGUUGUGGGGGAUCUCCACUGGCAAGUCUAGUUACACACUUUUUGUUUUCUUCUCCCACCUCUGAGACUUGUGCUCUUCUGCAAGCAGGAAGACUUGAGCUGCAAAAUGGAUGGAUUGUGUUACAGAAGACUGCAAUGUAACUUAAAAGCUUUUACUUUUUAUCUUUUUUUUAAUGAAGGGAUAUAUGUUGUAUUGUAACUUAUUUGCCUGGUAAAGGUACAGUAUUUAUUAUUCCUGUAAAUAGUUUCUUAUUUUUAUAUACAAAUUAAAAUUUUAAACCAUUUUUGCUCUUCAA